AUGUCUUGGUUGAACCAUACCAGCACAACUGUGACUGAAUUUAUCAUUACUGGAUUUCCUGGAAUGAAAGAUCAAGAAAGUAGAAAAACACUGUUUGCUGUCUUCCUCACAGUGUACCUCUUCAUUCUGUUUGGAAACUUUCUCUUGAUCCUCAUCUUUACGUCUGACCGAACGCUACACACCCCCAUGUACAUACUAGUCUGUGGCCUGGCUGUUUUAGACAUUGCCAUCACAACCACCACUGUCCCCAGUAUGCUGCUUUUGUUCCGACUGGAGUCCAGAACCACUCCUUUUGCUACUUGUUUCACUCAGAUUACUUCCUUCCAGGGUUUUUUCUCCACAGAAUGCUUUCUUCUUUGCUUAAUGGCUUAUGACCGGUAUAUAGCAAUCUGCCACCCACUCCACUAUCCCAAUCUAAUGAACAACAGUCGCAUCUUAAAGCUGAUUGCUUGCUGCUGGGUUGCAGGUUUCCUUUUUGCAACUCCACCUGCAGUCCUCAUGCUCCGACUUCCAUUCUGUGGGCCCAAUCAGGUUACGCAUUGCUUCUGCGAAUUUGCUUCAGUACUGCUCUUGGCCUGUGGGGAUAUUCAAAUAACUGGUUUCACUUGCAUGUCCAUUGGCUUGAGCGUGAUGUUCAUCCCUUUGUUAUUUAUUCUCUUCUCUUACAUGCGGAUCAUAUAUUCAGUGGUGCAGAUCUCAUCCGCCGAGGGGCGACUUAAGGCCUUUUACACAUGUGGCACACAUAUGCUGGUCAUAUCUGUGUUCUUCCUGGUUGCUGGUGGGGUCUUUAUCUCUGAUCGAAUCCCAGAUACGUCUGUGGACAUGAGAAUCAUGGGACUGAUAAUCCAGAAUGUCUUUCCAGCUGUGAUGAAUCCUAUUAUUUACUGCCUAAGGAUGAAGGAGAUUAGAAAUAGUUUAUUGAAAACAAUAAAAAAAAGCAGAAUUUUCCCAAACAGUUAUGUAUAA